CCUGGCAACCCUGGACCCUCGCCAUAGCGCUGAAAAACUUGUUGUUGUUGUCGGGGAAAAUGGCGUCAAAUGUAGAGGCCCCGGAGCCUUGGUACCUCGCCCUUCUCGGUUUUGCAGAGCAUUUUCGGACCUCGAGUCCGCCCAAAAUCCGACUCUGCGUGCAUUGUCUACAGGCUGUGUUUCAGUUCAAGCCUCCGCAGAGGAUCGAGGCCAGGACGCACCUCCAGCUGGGCUCGGUGCUCUACCACCACACCAAGAACAGCGAGCUAGCCCGGAGCCACCUGGAGAAAGCGUGGUUUAUAUCGCAGCAGGUCCCCCAGUUUGAAGAUGUCAAAUUUGAAGCUGCCAGUAUUUUGUCAGAGCUCUUCUGCCAACAGAAUUUGGUGGACUCUGCAAAGCCCCUACUGCGCAAGGCCAUCCAGAUUUCACAGCAAACACCUUACUGGCACUGCAGGUUGCUGUUCCAGUUGGCGCAACUUCAUACACUGGAGAAAGACUUGGUGUCGGCAUGUGACCUGCUGGGCGUUGGAGCUGAGUAUGCCAGAGUGGUGGGCUCAGAAUACACCAGGGCAUUAUUUCUCCUUAGUAAAGGAAUGCUGCUGCUAAUGGAGAGGAAGCUCGGGGAGGUCCAUCCUCUGCUCACACUGUGCGGGACCAUCGUGGAGAACUGGCAGGGAAACCCCAUCCAGAAGGAGUCGCUGAGGGUCUUCUUCCUGGUCCUACAGGUCACACACUACCUGGAUGCUGGGCAGGUGAAGAGCGUGAAGCCAUGCCUGAAGCAGCUGCAGCAGUGCAUCCAGACCAUCUCAACACUCCAUGACGAUGAGAUCCUGCCCACCAACCCAGCAGACCUCUUCCACUGGCUGCCCAAGGAGCACAUGUGUGUCCUCGUAUAUUUGGUGACAGUCAUGCACUCCAUGCAAGCAGGAUAUCUAGAGAAGGCCCAGAAGUACACUGACAAGGCCCUCAUGCAGCUUGAGAAACUAAAAAUGUUGGACUGCAGCCCCAUCCUUUCUACUUUCCAAGUCAUUCUACUGGAGCACAUCAUCAUGUGUCGACUCGUCACAGGUCACAAGGCUACUGCAUUACAAGAGAUCUCCCAGGUUUGUCAGCUGUGCCAACAGUCCCCCAGGUUAUUCAACAACCAUGCUGCCCAACUUCACACGCUAUUAGGUCUGUAUUGCAUCUCAGUGAACUGUAUGGAUAAUGCAGAGGCACAGUUUAGCACAGCCUUACGGCUCACUACGCACCAGGAACUAUGGACAUUUAUUGUAACCAACUUGGCCAGUGUCUACAUCAGGGAAGGAAACAGACACCAGGAGCUGUACAGCCUCCUGGAGAGAAUAAACCCAGACCACAACUUCCCAGUCAGCUCCCACUGUCUCCGUGCAGCAGCCUUCUACAUCAGGGGACUCCUGUCCUUCUUCCAAGGACGCUACAAUGAGGCCAAACGCUUCCUGAGAGAGACACUGAAGAUGUCUAAUGCUGAGGACCUGAACAGACUGACUGCCUGCUCCCUGGUUCUGCUUGGCCACAUCUUCUAUGUCCUUGGCAACCACAGAGAAAGCAACAACAUGGUGGUGCCAGCCAUGCAACUGGCCAGCAAGAUCCCCGACAUGUCUGUUCAGCUGUGGUCCUCAGCGCUGUUGAAAGACUUGAACAAGGCCCUGGGGAACACCAUGGAUGCCCACGAAGCGGCUCAGAUGCACCAGAACUUCUCUCAGCAGCUGCUGCAAGACCACAUCGCCGCCUGCAGCCUCCCUGAGCAUAACCUCAUCAGCUGGACUGACGGACCUCCUCCUGUCCAGAUCCAAGCCCAGAAUGGCCCCACCACCAGCCUUGCAAGCCUUCUAUGAGCCUGCUUCUUCCUCACAUAUGACACUAGCUGGUACAUAAUAUCACAUGCAAGAGGUGGACGCCUAGUAACCUGCUGUCCGGUCCCACUGUAUUCAAGAUUUGAGAGGUGCACAGUUAGGGCCUUCACCUUUUUAUGAGCUUCUCACAAUGGCUUUCUAAUAGUCUGCUAUCACUUUUAUAACUGUUCUAAAACAAUUGCCACUACUGCUCGACACUUGGCAUACUCCACCCUCUCAGGUGGCACGGUUGCUUAUUGGGUAAAGGGGCAGGGGUAGAUACGUCAUUGGAGUGGUGAAGGACACACAGCAACCCACACAAGGGCUUCUUUGCCUCAGAUAUCAAGAACCCUUCUAUGCGUUAGCCAGGUUUCUUUUCCUUUCCUUGGAAAAUAAAGGGGAUAGAUAUUGGGGCAGUAGAAGAAAUGUAGAAGAAACAAAUUAAUUUAUUCAUGUUGAUAUUUUUGUAACUGUUGGUAAAUAUUUUACAGCUUGGCUUUUCUUUGUAUGAAUGCUAUUUUUCCUCAUGCAUGGAAGUUACUGAUGUGGACUCCCUGUACAAAUGUUGCUAAAAAUUAAUUCUUGGUAGAUAAUUUGUAUCACAAUAUCCACAUUAGAGAGAAUAGAAACAUCCUUUCAUAAGUUCAUGAAAAAAUAAUCAGUUGGAGAGUUUCAUGCUGUAAAAGCAAGAUUGGCAAAUGGGAACUGCAUUCUAUCAGGACAUUAGUCCAUGAGGUGCAGUUCUUUAAGGGACCAGUAGGUGGCUCUGUUUUGUCAUCUGCCAGCAAUGUUAAAGUAAUUGAACGUUUUAUGACAUUUGGUGGCUGUGAGAGGUGCCACUUACCCUUAAGAAAUGACAGAAAGAAACUCACCAAGUUCAUGUAUAUUUUUGAAGUUCCAUAAUAUAUGAAUUCCUGUUCAUGUAUUCAUUUUUACAAAUCAUGUUUAGACUUGGAGCUUACAGUAAUCCUCAGAUAUUCAAAAAGUGAAUUUAUUUUAUUUUGUAAUAUUUUAAUUUGUCUCAAUAGUUCUAGUUAAUGGUUUUCUUUACAGUUUGUUUGUAUAGAUUUGCCACUUGUUGAACCUUUAUUGUACAGUGACAUUUUAUAAAGUCAAUUUAGUAAAGUGUGAUAUGUAUUUUUAGCUACCCUAUGUAGAAAUCAAACUCAAUGCUUGGUAUUUAAGACACUCUGUAAGGAUGCAGUUUAAGCUUGAGUACAGGCCAUAUUCUAUCCAAUGCCCAUGUUUUUAUUGCUUACAUUGUUUUCAACAAUUUUCUAAUAAAAAUAUGAUUGAAAAUG